AUGAAGAGUACAAGCAUAGUGCAGGCUGCGACUUGUUUUAUCUUGAUUAUCUGCUGCUCUGCUUAUCCUUACGAGGAUAUAAUUCUUUCUGGUCACAAAGCGAGGGUCUACGAUGUUGAAGGAUAUACGCCUCACAUCCCGGUCACCAGCAACUUCUUAAGACAAUCAUCGAAGACAAUAUACACAAAGUACCCGCCCGCUAACUAUACUAGUGACAAUAAUCUAAGUUAUCAGCACAUCACACGCGCUCCUCUUGCACAGUUACCGCCACACUUAGUUAAUCAACGAGAAAUCGAACCCUAG